GUUCUGUGGGUUUUUUCCAAACUGGUCACUCUGGGAACAAAAGCAAUUUUACGGAGAUUUCAUCAAAUUUUCACUUGUGGAUAAAACGCGUAAAAACAGAUUAAAAACAGGAGAACUUUACGAAAUAAAACGGUACAAAUUGAAAGUGAAGUGCAAAAAGCAAAGUAAACGUCUUAACAGAGAGUAUUACUCCGUUGAAGCCGAACGAACUACAAAACUGUUAAGGUGGGUAGGCGGAGUAGGAUAAAAAGAACUAGAGCUCAAUUUGUGGCUGCUGGUCACUUUAUGUCCAGGUCGCGUUCAUCCGCUAAAGCCGUGCAGUUCAAGCACGAAUCGGAGGAGGAGGAAGACGACGAGGAGGAGCAGCUGCCCCCCAGGAGCAUGCACUCGUUUGGGGACGGGGGUGCCAUUGGCAGCGGUGUGCCCGCAUUCUUGGCCAAACUCUGGCGCCUGGUGGACGACGGGGAUACCAAUAGGCUGAUCUGCUGGACCAAGGAUGGCCACAGUUUUGUCAUACAAAAUCAGGCGCAAUUUGCCAAGGAAUUGCUGCCCCUGAACUACAAGCACAACAACAUGGCCAGCUUUAUCAGACAAUUGAAUAUGUAUGGAUUCCACAAGAUCACCUCCAUUGACAACGGCGGACUGCGUUUCGAUCGUGAUGAGAUCGAGUUCUCCCAUCCCUUCUUCAAACGCAACUCCCCUUAUCUGCUUGACCAGAUCAAAAGGAAGAUAUCAAACAACAAGAAUGGAGACGAUAAGAGUGUGCUGAAGCAGGAGGCCGUGUCGAAGAUCCUUAGCGAUGUGAAGGUGAUGCGCGGUCGCCAGGAUAACCUGGACUCCCGCUUCUCUGCCAUGAAGCAGGAGAACGAGGUGCUGUGGCGCGAGAUCGCCAGCCUGCGCCAGAAGCACGCCAAGCAGCAGCAGAUAGUCAACAAACUGAUCCAGUUCCUAAUCUCCAUCGUACAACCGUCGCGCAACAUGUCAGGCGUCAAGCGUCACAUGCAACUGAUGAUCAACGAUACGCCGGAAAACGACCGCGCACGCAGCACCAGUGAGACGGAGAGCGAGGGCGGCGGCGGCCCGGUCAUCCACGAGCUGAGCGAGGAGUUGCUCGACGAGGUGAUGAAUCCCUCGCCGGCUGGCUACGUCGCAGCAUCGCAGUACGACCAGGAGAGCGCCUCCCCACUGACCGUCGAGCGUCCGCGUUCGAAUAUAAGCAUUAGCUCGCACAACGUCGACUAUUCGAAUCAGAGCGUCGAGGACUUGCUGCUCCAGGGCAACGGGUCUGCUGGCGGUAAUCUCUUGGUCGGCGGAGCCGCCUCUCCACUUGCCUCCAGUGUUAGUCGUUCGCCGGCCCAACAUGUUGUCUACACGGUUACAGAGGUUCCAGAUUCUCAUGUCCAGGAGGUGCCCAACAGUCCGCCGCACCACGAAGAGCAGAAUGUGCUCACCACGCCCAUGGUGCGGGAGCAGGAGCAAAAACGUCAGCAGCUUAAGGAGCAGAACAAGCUGCGGCGUCGGCCUGCAGACGACAUUAUUGAGGUGGAAAUGAUAUCUCCCAAGGCACAGCGCAAUGGCUCACAGCCCAAAACGAAAGAGAAUGUAAUGCUCCAGCCAAUGAUGAUCAAAUCGGAGCCAGAAAACAAUUCUAGUUUGAUGGAACUAAUGCAACCAACAAACUCUGAUCUGUACAACGUAAACUUCAUCAGUGAAAAUAUGCCGACGGAUAUUUUCGAAGACUCUUCUUUGCUCCCUGCUGGCCUUGAGGAGGCAGCCAAGCUAGAUCAGCAGCAGAAAUUCGGCCAAUCGACCGUGAGCAGUGGCAAGUUUGCCAGCCACUUCGAUGUGCCGACAAACAGCUCUCUGGUGGAUGCAAAUCAGGCUUCGACAUCGAAAGCGGCUGCGGCCAAGGCGCAAGCUACCGAGGAGGAGGCCAUGGCUGUGGCUAAGUACACUGGCAGCGAGAACGGUCCUACUCGAGAUCCGAACAAUGGCCAACUUCUGAGGAUUCCCUCAGUGUUAGUAGACAAGAUGCUUUCAACUCCAAGCCAGAACAGCCAUAAUCAAGAGGCUAUUUCUUACUGUUGCAGUGACGAUCUCCACGGACACUUGGACAACAUGCAAGAUGAGCUGGAAACACUGAAGGAUCUGCUUCGUGGCGACGGGGUGGCCAUUGAUCAAAACAUGCUCAUGGGUCUUUUUAAUGACUCUGAUCUGCUGGACAACUAUGGGCUUUCAUUUCCCAAUGACAGCAUGAGCAGUGAGAAGAAGGCUCCCAGUGGCUCCGAACUGAUUUCCUAUCAGCCCAUGUACGAUCUGUCCGACAUUCUGGACAGCAACGAUGGGAACAAGGAUCAGGAGGCCAACCGACGCCAGCUGCAGACGCAGAACUCGGUUUUGAAUACGCCACGUCACGAGUUGUAACUUAUAUUAAGUAGUAGCAGCUCGGACGCUUCUAUGGCGAACCAUUUGUUUUUAGUGCUUAAUGGAAUCAAUCUUUUACAUGUUAGUUUUCUUCACUUACUUUGUCUAACCUUUUAGUUGAUUCAUAUUAUUAUCAUAUUAAUAAUCAUAUUAAUAAUGCUGUAUAUGCCUUAUGCACUAUAUAUAUGAUAUAUAGACUAACCAGUUCUUGUUGUAGAAAGACUCGAAGAAUCAGUUAAUAUUUAGAUGUAUUGUAACCGGGGACUUUGACGGCCUCGGCUCAGGUAGAGGAUUCUUAGUUUGCACUAACCGAUCGACAGGAAUGACGCUGCUCAGAUCGUAGACGAUGUAAGAUCGCACGCUAUAGAGUAUACGUUUUACACACUACUUUUAUUAAUUGAUAAUAAACUGUUUAAUGCUGCGUUGAGCUGCAAAUUAAA